AUGGUCCCAAUUCCCCAGGCCGACGAGCUCAAGGACCUUUUCAGCCUUAAGGGCAAGGUUGUCAUCGUCACCGGUGCCUCUGGCCCUACCGGCAUCGGUAUCGAGGCUGCCCGUGGUUGCGCUGAGUAUGGCGCUGACCUCGCUAUCACAUACAACUCUCGCGCCGAGGGUGCCGAGAAGAACGCUAAGGAGCUGAGCGAAAAGUACGGCGUCAAGGUCAAGGCCUACAAGUGCCAGGUUGGCGUCUACUCUCAGUGCGAGGAGCUCGUCCAGAACGUUGUCAAGGACUUUGGCAAGGUGGACGUCUUCAUCGCCAACGCCGGCAAGACCGCCGACAACGGUAUCCUCGACGCUACCGUUGAGCAGUGGAACGAGGUCAUUGAGACUGAUUUGACCGGUACCUUCAACUGCGCACGUGCGGUCGGUCUUCACUUCCGCGAGCGCAAGACUGGUUCUCUCGUCAUCACUGCCUCCAUGUCUGGCCACAUCGCCAACUUCCCUCAGGAGCAGACUUCCUACAACGUCGCCAAGGCUGGCUGCAUUCACUUGGCCCGCUCGCUUGCCAACGAGUGGAGGGACUUUGCCCGUGUCAACUCCAUCUCGCCCGGAUACAUUGACACCGGUCUGUCCGACUUCGUCCCCCAGGACAUUCAGAAGCUGUGGCACUCGAUGAUCCCCAUGGGUCGCGAUGCUAAGGCCAAGGAGCUCAAGGGCGCCUACGUCUACUUUGCCUCUGAUGCUUCCUCCUACUGCACUGGCUCCGACCUCCUGAUCGAUGGUGGUUACUGCGCCAGGUAA